ACAUUUGUUCGCCAGAAACGCGAACGACUACGUAUGAGAAUGCGGUAUACGUGCUUAAGAAGUAAAGUAAAACGUUAAAUCAAUUAAUCGGUUAUCGGAUCGAAUACGAACGCGAAUUCGCAUUUGUGAGUGCAAAAACAAGCUGCAAAUAAUUCAUUCUUUGGGUUACAAUGUGAUUGAACUAAACUAUUAAAAUAUUGUGCGGAAGUUGUGAGACACGCUGUAUAUACAUACAAGGUCACAAUAAUGCAAUCGGCGACGAAGCCUUCGUAAGAUUUCCUAAAAAGCGAAUGAUAAAUCUCGCGGAUCAUGUCGUUAAAUAUUUCAAAUAAAUGUCGAAAUACCGAUAUCAGUCAUCCAUGCAUAUAUAAUGUGCGAAAGAUUGAUGUGAAGUAAUAUAUAAUAUAUAACGUGAAGGGGAACGAUGAACAUUUAUCAUUAUUUUAAUUACAUGCUUCAACAGUUAGUUGUAAUUGUAGAUAUUAUCACUUUUAAUCUUCGCAUCGCGACUUUGCCUCGGUGUGUAAAAUUUAUUAUUCCUCUAUAUACAUAUUACCUUCAUGACGCUGAUCUGCGCAAUCGAAAUUAUUCAACGGAAAGAAAAAACGGACAACUAUUUUAAUACGUUUUGAUGGUUUGCCUUAUCGUUGCGUAUUAUCGUUUGUUUUGUUUACUUUCGUUUGGACGUAACGUCGAAUUAUUGGUGACACAAGUGUUUUCUCUCCGCUGAUGUAUGUACGCUAAUACAAAUUAUUUUUCACGUUCUUAUAUCGGAAAAUAUCAAUUGGCAGAUGUGCGACAAGGAAUAUAUAAGACGUGGAUCUUUGAAUUCCAGUCCAGUGAAUGUUGUACGAAGACCUUUUCGGCCCAUGGGGCCUGCUAAUUAUAAUCGUGAUAGGAGCAGGAAUCAUCCUGAUUGCACUGUUGCUGUUCGCUUGCUUCCUCACGCCUGGUUGCAUCGGUUAUGAAUGUUUCAGGAAGCAAAGCAAAGAGAACAAGAAUGUUCAUUUACAAGCAAACAAUCAGGAAAAGAAAAAUUUGAAAUUGAGUGAUAUUAGUUACAGAUCUUGGAGACUGGGUAGUUUGUACGAAAAUGAUAACGGUACUAUCAGCGAAAAUGCGGGAUCUCAUAGGGAUUCAUUGAAUUCCGUCAGUGCCAAAUGCGAAAACAUAGAAUGUUCUUCUACGCUGAACUUGGUUCAGAUAGAUAAGCAAAAGAACGACAAAAAGAUAAAAGAGUUUCCGACCGAAUUAACAAUAAGCUUGCAAUACCUACCACCUUGCGACAAUAUUAUCACGGGGAAGCUUAUUAUCGGUAUCGAAGCAUUGAGCGGUCUUCCACCAAAGCAGUACAACGGCACAUUAGAACCUUACGUAGCAUUGAACAUCGUGAAACAAUCAUGGAGUCACAGGAAGCGACAGAAAUUGCAUAGUUUCAGAACAAGAAGUAUCAAACAUACCACUAAUCCAAUUUACAAGGAGACUUUCGCUAUUGCGAAUGUAAAACCGCAAGAAGCCAGAGAAUGGAUUUUAGAUAUCGCUGCAUACGAUCAUGACAGAUAUGCAAAUCACACGGAAUUGUCUUCGCUGAAAAUAUCGCUAAAAGACAUGAAAAAUAUCUUUUAUAGUCCAGAAAUUCAUCUAUUCAAUUAUAGAAUGAAACCUUUUUAUCAGGAGUUUGGCAAUAUUUUAUUGGCCAUAAAAUACUUGCCUACCGCAGAGAGACUGACUAUUACUAUUAUUAAAUUGCGUAACAUUAAAUUUACAUCAGUGGUGUCCAAUUUAAGUAAAUUUAAUCCAUAUGUUAGAGUUUUAAUGUUGAACGGAAAAACAGGUAAAAAGAUAGAAAAAAAGAAAACUAAAUUUUUGAGAGCUGUUAUGCAACCUGAAUUUAACGAGACUUUGACCUUUGAUCUGCCAAUCACUCAGCUCGAUUCAGUCCAGUUUCUUAUUGUGCUAUGCAGUAAGAUUUUAUCAGAAGGAUCAUCCACCAAUAUUAUUGAUCAUACAAGUGACAGCGAGGAUUCUGUCAGCUCGUUCAGAAACUCUAAUAUAUCUAUUGGUAAAGUAGCACUUGGAAAAGGAGUGAGAGGUUCAACAGAAAGGUUGCAUUGGUUUUCAGUGCUUCAAAAUCCAAGGAAAUCUGUCAACGUGUGGCACACACUGAAAUAACAAAAGUCAUCGUUAUGUUAUUACAUGCAUAUACAUAUGUAUAUAAAAGAUUGUUAUUUUUCAGUGAUAUUUGCAUGCUUUUAUUGCAAAAAUGUGCGGUUUUAUAUAUUUAUUAUUAAUUUAAUUCUCUUUUGGAAAAGAGAGAGAGAGAAAAGUGUAUGUUUAGUUCGCGACCAAAGAUGACUUUGUAAAUUAAACUUUUCAAGACUUUA